ACGAAAAUGAAAGCUCGGAACAUUUUGCUUUGCCUUUCUAUAGUACUAUGUAUCUUAUCAUGCGAUACAAAAAGUUGCUGUAAACUAGGGCACGAUGCAUGUGAAAUACAACUAUCGUUUGAUGUUUUUCAUCCUUCAUCUGGAAGUAAAAAAGGAAAUUCUCCACCAAUCAUUCUUCUCCACGGAAUUUUAGACUCAAAACGGACUUGGAAAUUUAUUGCACAACCUCUUGCUGAUAAUACCAAACGAACGGUGUUUACUGUCGAUGCUCGAAACCAUGGUGACAGUCCUUAUACGAAAGAUUUUAGCAUGGAUAUUUUAGCAGAUGAUCUUGAAGAUUUCUUUGAGCAAAAUAAUAUAUCUAAAGCAAUUUUAGUUGGUCAUAGUAUGGGUGGAAAAACAUCACAAACAUUCUCACUCAGACAGCCGAAUAAAGUAGAAAUGUUGAUUGUGGAGGAGAUGUCAACGGAGAAUCUGACUAGCAUCAUCCCAGCUCCAGUAAUGCAAAUACUGAUCAGCCUUCUAAGGAAAUCUCUUGACAUUGUCCCAGACGGCUCAACCGAAUAUGUGGCUUUCAAGAUUGUAAAAGAGUAUCUCUUAAAGAGAGUACCUGAGGCUCUGUUAAAUGCCGAAGCUUUUGAUGUAGCACCUUUGUAUUUGAUAAAUGGUGAUUUAAUUUACAAGGUCAACCUUGACGUUUUAGAAGAAAAGGUUUAUACGGAUGCCUUCGAAAACCAGAUAAGUGGACUAUAUCGAGAUAGAGCGCUGUUUAUUUAUGGGACAAAGUCCCUUUUUGCAGUUGCUGAAGACAAAAGGAUAAGAAAGUAUUUUCCACAAGCUGAGUUCCUAGGAUUCCGUGAUGGGAACCACUUAACUCACCAAAAAUAUCCAGAAGCAUUUGUUCGAGAAGUUUCAAGGUUCAUAACUGGAGUUAUAGAUCCAGCAUCUACUUGCUAGCUUCCGUCAUCUUAUUAAACUAAUCAUUUAUGUAAUUUAUGUAAAAAAAAAGUCAUAAAUAACUCAUGUAGAAAAUAUAUGCAUUAUUCAACUUAACCUUUAACUAAGACUUAAGAAGAAUUCUGAAUCACAUGUUAAAAACAUUUUUCAUCCGCUGUUCACAGUAUCACUUUCCAUGAUUUCAUA